UCAAUCAUGUAUGAAAAGGCAGGCCAGAAUACUGGGUGUGAAUCCCCUGGGUCGCCCUCUAGUGGACGGGUGUUAGGAGAGAGUGAAGGGAGUGUCUGACGCUGCAUCUCUAGAUCCGUGUUGUAGACGUUCACUCCUCUCCUCCUUGUUUCUUCAGGUUCAGUGAUGCCCACAGAGGAGGAGGAGGAGGAGGCCCCCAGCAUCACAGAGUUCCACUCCUCUACCCACGUGUUGCCCGUGGGCCAAACGGCCCGCUACACCUGCCACGCCGGCGGCACGCCGGAGCCCACAGUAGAGUGGCUCCACAACGGCAGGCCCCUGGAGAGGGACGGCACAGACGACCAAUCAGAGGCCUGGGUGGAGAGGGGCUUCCUCUUCGUCAGAGGUGGGAGGUACGGCGUGAACACGGUCUGCUGCGUGGCGAGUAACAGCGCUGGCACGGCCAAUCACAGCGCUGAGCUGCUUGUCUUUGAUGAAUUGACACUUCAGGGCUGGAUGCUUCACGACAAGAGUCUCUACCGUGUUUCUACUACUAAGAAGGGCUGGAGGGCCAGUAGAGAAGACUGUCAGAAGAGAAAGGCAGACCUGGUGGUCAUCAACAGCAGAGAAGAACUGGCGUUUGUCAGCAGAUUGAUGGAUACUUCCUGGAUUGGACUGAGUGAUCGAGAGAAGGAGGGGACCCACAAGUGGGUGGAUGGUACCCCCAUGACCUCAAGUUGGAGACACGUUAAACCACGCGAUGACGGCGGAGCAAGAGACUGCGUCGUAGCAGGGGAGGACGGCUGGUCUGAAGAGCCGUGUAACAGACUGCACCACUGGAUCUGUGAGAAGGUCCUAGACCUGGAUCAUCUGGAGGCUGAGCGGAACAAAGAGGGUUCAGUGAUGCCCACGGAGGAGGAGGAGGAGGCCCCCAGCAUCACAGAGUUCCACUCCUCUACCCACGUGUUGCCCGUGGGCCAAACGGCCCGCUACACCUGCCACGCCGGCGGCACGCCGGAGCCCACAGUAGAGUGGCUCCACAACGGCAGGCCCCUGGAGAGGGACGGCACAGACGACCAAUCAGAGGCCUGGGUGGAGAGGGGCUUCCUCUUCGUCAGAGGUGGGAGGUACGGCGUGAACACGGUCUGCUGCAUGGCGAGCAACAGCGCUGGCACGGCCAAUCACAGCGCUGAGCUGCUUGUCUUUGAUGCCUGUGACCUCACACUGGACCCCAACACGGCCAACCGAUACCUCUCUCUGUCUGAGGACAACAGGAAGGUGACGCGGGUUAGAGAGGACCAGUCGUAUCCGGAUCACCCAGACAGAUUUGACUCCCAGUACCAGGUGUUGGGUAGAGAGGCUCUGACUGGCCGCUGUUACUGGGAGGUAGAGUGGGGAGGAGUGGUUGAUAUAGGAGUGACAUACAGAGGAAUCACAAGGAGAGGACGGGGUGGUGACAGCCUGCUUGGACGGAACAACAAGUCCUGGAGUCUUCUUUGUUAUGAUGAUCAUUACUCUGCCUGGUACAACGGUAUAGAGACAGCCCUCCGUCUCCGCCCCGCUGGCUCCACCAGAGUAGGAGUGUAUCUGGACCGGCCUGCUGGCUCUCUGUCCUUCUACAGAGUGUCCCCAGGUGGAGGAGGGUCCUCAGACACACUGACACACAUCCACACCUUCUGGUCCUCCUUCACCCAGGAGGACCUCCUCCCGGGGGUGGGGCUCUGGCGGUGGCGGGCCCCAGGGGGGUCCCCAGGGCGGUCCUCAGCCUCUCUGUGUCGGUUGUAGAAA